AUGGAAAAUUGCAAGACAACAAGCACACCAAUAAAUCCAAAGGAGAAGUUAAGCAAAGAUGAUGAAACUGAUAAAGUUAAUCAAGGAAAUUUGAGAAGCUUUAUUGGAUGUUUGAUGUAUCUCACUGCUACAUGGCCAGAUAUUCUAUUUGUUGUAAGUCUUUUAUCUAGAUUUAUGCAUUGUGCCACUGAAAUGCAUUUGCGAGCAGCAAAAAGAAUUAUAAGAUACAUUAAAGGUACUGCUGAAUAUGGUGUAAAAUUCAAGAAGUGUGAGAAUUUCAAAUGUUAUGAAUUCUCAGACAGCAAUUGGGCUGGAUCCAUUAACGACAUGAAAAGUACAUCAGGAUAUUGUUUUAGUCUUGGAUCAUGGAUUUUCUCUUGGUGUUCCAAACAUCAAGAAAUUGUGGCCCAAUCCACGGCAGAGGCUAAAUUCAUUGCACCAAUGCAUUAG